AUGGCGUAUUCUUUCCUCCAGAUCAUCACUCUAAGACCUCUAGCUUUGCAGUUUACUCGAGUGGAAGUGUGUAAUGGUGCGACAACUUCCUUCUGGUAUGAUAAGUGGUCUCAGUUGGGGGCAUUGAUCAACUUAACUGGUGAAAGGGGCUGUAUUGACCUUGGGGUCCCGAUACACGCUACGGUGGAGAGGGUGAUCCAAUCUUACUGGAGAAGAAGGCAAAGAACUACUGUCCUGGUGCAGAUUGAGCAGGAGAUUCUGAGGCUAAGAGCUAUUGGGCUCAGUCAGCAGGAGGAUAUGGUUCUUUGGAAGCGCGAGAAUGAACUAUUUCGACAAGGCUUCGAGUCAUCUCAAACGUGGAACAUGAUCAGAGCAAGAUCACCGCAUGUUUCAUGGUCCAAGGGGCUCUGGUUUAGAGAAGCUACUCCAAAGUUUUCUUUCCUCACGUGGUUAGCUGCUCACAACAGAUUAGCGAGUGGGGACAGAAUACUUCAGUGGAACCCUCAAGCUAUCUCUACAUGUUGGUUGUGCAAUGCAGCUACUGAAACGAGAGACCAUUUAUUUUUUGAUUGCUCCUUCGCCAAAGAAGUCUGGCUUGGAACAAUCGGAGGCCUGGCAGGUGGAGGUGUGCCAACUCAAUGGUCUAUCCUACUGCAAAGACUGGUAACUAGUCUUCAAGACAGCACCAAAACUUCCCUCCUCCGAUACAGUUUCCAAGCUACUGCUCAUGCUCUUUGGCAUGAGAGGAACAAACGCAGGGUGGGAGAAAUAGAAUCUCCUCCUUACGACAGCAAGCGGGAGGUAGACAUGAAAAAGCCAUGGAGAUAUUGUUUGGGAGUAGAUGAUUUUCUCAUUGUUCCUUUUAUAAGGUUCUAUAAAAGCCUAUAG